GGCAGCGGCUGCAGUCGGCGGAAGUUUCAACGACGACUUGCAUGCGGUGAAAUUAAAAAUAUAUAAAACCUUUGCAGUGGGCAUCGCACAAUUGCAUAAAUAGAGAAGCAAUCGAACAACGUGCUUCAUAAACUUGAGAAUUUGAAAGAAUUGUGAAGUGCGGAAAUCGGAUAGUGUAAAAUCAUACACGCGAUAAAUGAGAAUCUAAGGCGAAAAAAGCAAUCCAAAUAAAAUAGGGAGUGGAAAAAUUGCAGUGGGAAUGUAAUACUUAUACGUAAUUAUAAAAUCUAUUUGAAAAAGGGCAUCAGAGACUACUAGCGCCGUCAUUCAGUCAAAUCACUGUGUUCAUGUGUAUUUGAAUAAUUCUUUUGGAUUUGUUGUGGACAAUCGGCUAUUCUAGUUGUCACGAACCAUCCCCUUCUGUGGAGCCGACAACAAAAGUUUCGGUUGAUAAAUUUCUGUACAGUGAUAGCCACCCAAGAGAAAUACUCCUGUCUACGUACUGAAGAGUGAAUGAGGUCAUACAGUGGAUAUCUAUAAACGUAUGAUUCCUGCAUAGAAAAUUAAUGCGAGUAUUGAAAUAGCACUAAUGAUAAUAUAAUUACAAAUCUAUAGUCGCGUAUAUAAAUAAGAAAAACGUAUUAAAAGGCAAUCAUUCAUUUACGAUCUUGAAAGAUUUUUUGGAGAAACAUAGAAAACGAAACGGAAGCACGUAUCUAGUGAAAACAAACACGGGUAGAUUCACUAAAGUUCCCUAAGAAUUAAAAAGAGGCGAAUUGUUUAUACAUUACAAGAGUCGACCACAUAUAGAAGUAAAGCACGAAAACUGCCUUCCAGUCUGUCAAAUCGGGAAAACAAUUAAUUACACAAUAAGCGCUUGCUGCUUCGAGUUGGCCUGCAGUUGAGAGUUUUGUGACAAUAAAAUUUACAAGUACUACACACACGUGCGUGAUAACUGGAUAUAUCAUAUAUCAGAUCACUGGAUAUAUCAUAAUUUGUUACAAGUGUACAGCAGUGGGUGAAAAUAUUGCGGCCUAAGUAAUUUGAACAGAAAUUAUCGGCACUUACAAAUUGAAAGUUAUUCACACUUAAAAUGGGUCUACUUACCGAAGGCAGUCCACUCUCUUGGGAAGAAACCAAAAAAUUGGCCAAUCACGUGCGCGAGCAUGGCAUUGCUCAGUUCAUAAAUCUCUAUCACAGGCUGAAAGAUCGCACUGGUGACAUACUCAAGUGGGGCGAUGAAGUUGAGUACAUAAUUGUGAAGUUUGACGAUGCCAAUCAAGUUGCGCGUGUCUCACUGAAGGCGCAAGAACUUCUAAGUGAACUCAACGGAAAGGAAUUGGCCGAUCCGAAUGGCGUCAAAUCGUUAUGGCGUCCCGAAUAUGGUGCAUACAUGAUCGAAGGUACGCCAGGCAAACCUUUUGGUGGCCUAAUGGCACACUUCAAUUUGGUUGAGGCAAAUAUGCGUUAUCGACGCGAAGAAGUCACAGAAUUACUGGACAAAAAUGAGUGCGUCAUGUCCAUUACGAAUUUCCCACGCUUAGGCGCUCCUGAAUUCACACAUCCCAUCUACUAUCCAAAUCCGGACGAUCCAAAUAGCUCGGCUAAAUCAUUAUAUUUCCCAGACGAAGCCAUAUACCCGGGUCAUCCGCGCUUCAAGACGCUCACACGUAAUAUACGCAGACGCCGUGGCGAGAAAGUAGCCAUCAAACUAAAAGUUUUCAAAGAUGUAAACACGCAGCUUCCCGUUGAGGGCGCACCAAAUGACGAACCCGAUGUUGUCUUGCUGGACGCCAUGGGUUUCGGUAUGGGCUGUUGUUGCCUGCAACUCACAUUCCAAGCCUGUAACAUAAAUGAAGCACGCAAAUUAUAUGACCAGCUUGCGCCAUUGUGCCCCAUUAUGCUGGCACUUACUGCAGCAUCGCCCGUAUAUCGUGGUUACUUAACAGAAUCGGACUGUCGUUGGAAUGUGAUCAGUUCCUCGGUGGAUUGUCGCACCGAGGAGGAACGUGGCCUACGGCCAUUGCGUGAAAAUAAAUUCCGUAUCGCUAAAUCCAGGUAUGAUUCGAUCGAUUCAUAUCUCUCGCCAGAGGGCGCCAAGUAUAACGACGUGCCACUCACUUACGACGAAGCAGAUUAUAAACGAUUACGCGAUGGUGGCAUUGAUCCGCUACUGGCACAGCAUGUGGCACAUCUAUUCAUACGCGAUACAGUAUCCUUGUUUAGUGAGAAAGUCGAUCAAAACGACGAGGAAGACACAGACCACUUUGAGAAUAUCCAGUCGACCAAUUGGCAAACGAUGCGCUUCAAACCGCCACCACCAAAUUCAUCGAUUGGUUGGCGCGUAGAGUUCCGACCAUGUGAGGCACAGAUCAGUGACUUCGAGAAUGCUGCCCUAGUAUGCUUUGUCGUGCUGCUGACACGCGUAAUACUGUCGUAUCAGUUGAACUUCCUAAUGCCCAUUAGCAAGGUUGAUGAAAACAUGCAAACUGCUCAAAAACGUGACGCUUGUCGCAAGGAGAAGUUCUGGUUCCGCAAAUCUUCACGAAAGACUUGCUAUAUGAAUGGUAAUGGUGUUAAUGGUGUACAUAACGGUACUAAAGAGAAUGGCCAAACUAAUCACGAGGAAUAUGAAUUGAUGACAGUGGGUGAAAUUUUCAAUGGAAAGGCUGACUCAUUCCCUGGUCUAGUGCCGCUCAUUCGCAGCUAUUUGCAAUCCAUGGAAGUGGACACUGACACUCAUUGCACCAUUGAGCAGUAUUUGCGUUUUAUAGAAAAGCGCGCUUCUGGUGAAUUGGUGACUACAGCCACUUGGAUACGCGAACAAGUGCUAAAUCAUCCAGAUUACAAAAAGGACUCUAUUGUGAGUGAUCGCAUCAACUAUGAUCUAUUGAAGCGAAUUAAGGAAAUUCAAGAAGGCAAAGUGAUCGAGCCCACGCUACUGGGUAAAGGCAACCAUUCCAAGACGAAAGAUUCGCUGCCGCCCGCACUCCAAAAACAGUUGGCAUUGAACGGCUGUUGCGAGAACAAAUGACCACCCAAUGCGCAGGAGCAAACUAUAAUUGGGCAAUGUUGUGAUGAGCAGUAAAUUUUAUGUGUAAUGCGUAGAAGUAAAAGAAAUGUGAUGCUAUAGGUUUACGAUGAUGACGACCUUUUUCCCCCAUCGUCAAAGCUGCAAAUUGAGUGCUUUUUUUUUGUUAUUAAUAAAAAAAACACUAUCAAUGAGGAGAGAAAAAACAUAUAAACACUAGUUGAUAAAAUUUUGAUGGUAAUUGAAUGGAAAUGCAACUGAAAGGCAAAUAAAAAAAGGCAAAAAGCUUAAAUCAAUUGAAAUUGAUAUCGAACUAAAAAUUAUAUACAAC